AUUCCUUUAUUUAUACUAUGAAAAUCCCCUUUAAUUGACUUCCCCAUUUUUGUAUCGCCCGUUUCCAUAAUUUCCAAAUAUCCGCGCGCUUCCAAAACCCUCACUGUUUCCGGCGAUUUCGUCUCUCUCUAUCUCUCUUCUGCAGACAUUGGUCACGGAGGGAAGAUGCAUCAGAAUAGUGGAGCUGCCGAUUUGGCUCAGCUUCAAGCCACCAUGCAAGCAGUCGAAUUAGCCUGCAGUUCAAUUCAGAUGCACAUGAAUCCAGCAGCAGCUGAGGAAACCAUUUUGUCACUAAGCCAGUCUCCUCAACCAUACCAUGCAUGCAAAUAUAUUCUGGAAAAUUCUCAGUUGGCAAAUGCUAGGUUCCAGGCUGCUGGAGCAAUUCGAGAUGCAGCUUUAAGGGAAUGGGUAUUCCUUGAGAUUGAUGACAAGAGAGGGUUAAUAAGCUUUUGUUUUCACUCUGCUAUACAACAUGCUAGUUCACCUGAGGGCUAUGUUCAAGCAAAAGUUGCAUCUGUAGCUGCCCAGUUGAUAAAAAGAGGCUGGAUAGAAUUCAGUGCAGCUCAGAAGGAGACAUUUUUCCUUGAGGUGAGACAGGCGAUAGUUGGUGGCCAUGGUCUUGAUGUGCAGUUCAUUGGAUUGAACUUUCUGGAAUCCUUGGUAUCUGAAUUUUCACCAUCUACUUCAACUGCUAUGGCUCUUCCUAGGGAGUUCCAUGAGCAAUGCCGAGUCUCUUUUGAGUUAGAAUAUCUAAAGUUGUUUUACUGCUGGGCACAAGAUGCUGCUGUUAGUGCCUCCAAUAAAAUAGCUGAAUCAGAGGCUGCCAUUCCUGAAGUUAAAGUUUGUACAGCAGCAUUGCGUCUGAUGCUUCAGGUACUCAACUGGGACUUCAAAUGUGAUGCAAAUGUGCUAGACAAUGCAAAACGAGGCAUCAACAUUUUCUCCGCUGGGUUAAGGGGCGAUGUAAGCUCUCCUAAGAGGACUGAGUGUACCCUAGUGCAGCCUGGAUCCUCCUGGCGGGGUAUACUUGUGUCGAGUGGUCACAUCGGAUGGCUUUUAAGCUUUUAUGAAGCACUGAGGCAGAAGUUUUCGUGUGAAGGAUACUGGAUUGAUUGUCCUCUUGCAGUCUCUGCUCGCAAGCUUAUAGUUCAGUUUUUCUCCUUGUGGGGAACAAUAUUUCCAUCUGAUGACGGGAAUACUCAAAAACAGCACCUUUUGCAUCUUUUAUCUGGAAUUAUAGCAUGGAUAGACCCCCCUGAUGUUGUUUCAACAGCAAUAGUGAACGGAAAAAGUGAAAGUGAAUUCCUUGACGGAUGCCGAGCCUUACUAUACAUGGCUACUGUAACCACAGUGCUAGUAUUUGAUGAACUGCUGAAGUCUAUAAGGCCUUAUGGCACUCUUAGUUUGUUGUCCGCCCUGAUGUGUGAGGUCAUUAAAGACCUUAUGGCAAGCCACACUGAAGAGGAGACGUGGAGCUGGGUAGCACGUGAUAUCUUGUUGGAUACUUGGACUACACUUCUGAUGCCUUUGGAUGGUUCUAUUAGCUAUGCGGUUAUUCCAUUGGAAGGGAUUGGUGCUACAUCUCAUCUAUUUGCCCUGAUUGUAGAGUCUGAAUUAAGAGCUGCUUCUGCAUCCGCCUUCAAUGAUGAGAAUGAGACUGAUUAUCUUCAGGCUUCUAUUGCUGCUAUGGAUGAAAGAUUGAGUUCGUAUGCACUUAUUGCUCGAGCAGCUAUUAAUGUUACUGUUCCUUUUCUUAUACGACUCUUCUCUGAGAAAUUUGCCCGUCUACAACAGGGCAGAGGCUUUAGUGAUCCAACUCAAACUUUGGAAGAGCUCUACUCACUUUUAUUAAUAACUGGGCAUAUUAUAGCAGAUGAAGGACAGGGUGAAACACCUUUGGUGCCUGAUGCUAUACAAUCCCAAUUUAUGGAUGUUAUGGAGACGGACAAGCAUCCAGUUGUCAUACUUUGUGGAUCAAUAAUAAAAUUUGCUGAGCAGAGUUUAAAUCCAGAGAUGAGAGCGUCGUUUUUUAGUCCAAGGCUAAUGGAGGCGAUUGUAUGGUUCCUUGCAAGAUGGUCAACUACUUAUCUAAUGCCACUUGAUGAAAAUAAAAUGAGUGCAUCUUCAGAUGAUCACAAGGCAAAACAUCACAAAAAAGUAUUGCUUAAUUUUUGUGAAGAGGACAACCAGGGGAAAGCAGUGCUUGAUCUUAUUCUUCACAUUUCGAAGACAACGCUCACUUCAUAUCCUGGAGAGAGGGAUUUGCAGGCACUAACUUGUCAUGAGUUGCUUCAUGGACUUGUUCGGCGGAAGAAUGUUUGUGUGCACCUUGUUGAAUUGGACUCAUGGCGUGAGUUGGCAAAUGCUUUUGCAAAUGAACAAACUCUAUUCUCACUAAAUGCUGCUCACCAGCGUUCGCUUGCUCAAACCUUUGUUCUUUCAGCUUCUGGCAUGAAAACUCCAGAGGCCUGCAGCCAGUAUGUGAUAAAUUUGACAAACCAUAUGGCUGCUAAUCUGGUGGAACUCUCAAACCGAAGUGAUCUAAAAUGUGUAGCUGAACAGCCAGAUAUUAUUUUAUUGGUCAGUUGCUUGUUGGAGCGACUUCGUGGUGCUGCUAGUGCGACAGAACCUCGAACACAGAGAGCUAUUUAUGAGAUGGGUUAUUCAGUACUAAAUCCACUCUUGAUGUUUAUGGAAGUUUACAAACAUGAGUCCACAGUUGUGUAUCUGUUACUCAGAUUUGUGGUUGAUUGGGUGGAUGGACAAAUCAUUUACCUAGAAGCUCGUGAAACGGCUAUUGUUGUCGGAUUCUGUAUGCGCGUACUUCAGAUUUACUCUUCCCAUAAUAUCGGCAAGAUAUCUCUGAGCAUUUCAAGCAGCUUGCGGAGUGAAGCUGAUACCGAAAGAUACAAGGAUCUACGUGCUGUACUCCAAUUACUUGCUAGUCUCUGUUCGAAAGACCUGGUUGACUUCUCAUCAGAACCUAUUGAAGCUCAGGGGACAAAUAUUUGUCAGGUGGUAUAUAUGGGACUUCACAUAGUUACGCCUCUGAUAAGUUUGGACCUGCUCAAGUACCCCAAGCUUUGUCAUGAUUACUUCUCGCUGCUAUCACAUAUGUUGGAGGUAUAUCCUGAAAUGAUUACACAACUAAAUGGAGAAGCUUUUUUUCAUAUCAUUAAGACUCUUGAUUUCGGUCUGUCUCAGGAUGCAGAGGUUGUUGAUUUAUGUCUAAGAGCUAUUAAAGGGCUUGCUUCUUUCCAUUACAAGCAAAAAAGUGCUGGAGAAGUGGGGUUAGGUCUCCAUGCUUCAGGUUACAAGGAUCAGACAGGAAACUUUCAGGAAGGGAUUCUAAGCCAAUUUCUUCGAUCAUUGCUACAGUUUCUCCUCUUUGAGGAUUACAGCACUGAUCUUGUUGGCUCAGCUGCGGAUGCUCUUCUUCCGUUAAUCCUCUGUGAACAAAGUUUAUACCAGAAGUUGGGAAGUGAGUUGAUAGAGAAGCAGUGUGACACAGGUUUCAGAUCAAGGUUGACAAAUGCACUCCAAUCACUCACAAGAUCCAACAGUCUAUCUUCGACACUUGAUCGGCCAAAUUACCAAAAGUUUAGAAAGAAUCUGCAUAACUUUCUUACUGAAGUUCGUGGAUUCCUCCGGAAAAUAUAAUUUUGUGAAUCUGCAGCCAUUCUAUUAAAAGUGUUUUCCUUUUCUGUACGUAAUCCCAAGUGGAAAAGAGAAUAUCAAUAUGAUGUGUUUACAAAACAUCAUUACUCUUCAUCUCUCAUCUGACUAAACACAAUUUUCAUCUA